AUGACAAAUCCUAUUGAUUCAAAUCUUUGUCUUGAUCCAUCAAUCACUUUUAAUCGAAUGUUUGUCAUUCAUAUGUAUUCACUUAAAAAAGAUUUAACAUUUCCAGAGAAUUGGUUUUAUCCUACUCUUCCUCAAACAGAAUAUAAAUCAUGGGGCUACCAAAAGUAUCUUGACUUUGGAGUGUUUGAAAAGAAUGAUAAGUCGUUAAAGAUGUAUAUGAACACUAGUGGUGCUCCUCAAUAUGCAUUUCCAAAUGGCAACCAAGAUCAAUUGUUCCAAUUCCUAUUAAUGACCGAUUGGACUCUACUCUAUGAUGAAAUGCAUGAUUAUGGUGACAUUUCAAGAGAAGAUUCAAUCAAAGUCUAUAAAAGAACAAAAAGAAUCAUAAUGACAAAUGAAUUACCAUUAGAUCCAACACCUUUGGAUAAAUGUACUCAUUUCAUUGUCAACAAAAUCAAAGAGAAAUCUCCAUCCGCGUAUAUGGAAAAUUUGGUUUUAAAUCUAAUGAUUGGUUGGAUUGAUGUUGGUACUGCUCAUUUAGAUUUAAGUAGAAUGAAAGAGGUCCCAUCUUUAUCGGUUGUUGAUUAUUUAAGAACUACAAAUAUUGCGAUUGAACUAUGUAUAAUGACAAUUAUCCAUUCUCAAGGAUACAAUGAAUCACUAUUAUUUUCAGACCCUUCAUGGAAAGAAUUAACAAAAUCAAUAGCCCAGAUUGUUUAUCAUUUGAAUGAUAUUGUAUCUUGGGAGGUCGAGAAAAUGCAAAGUGGAACUUGUAAUGCAAUGUCGAUAAAAAUUCACAAUGGAAUGACACCUCAACAAGCAUAUCUCUCAAUCAUUCAAGAUAUUGACAAUUUAGUAAAAUACUGUCUGGAGCUGGAAGGUGAACUUGGUAUUCGAUUUCCAAAUUUAAAUUGUUUGGAAAAAUGUAUUAAAUCUGCCUAUUAUUGUGCAACAGGAAUAUUUUGUUGGUCAUUGACAUCAGAGAGAUACAAAACAAAAGAUUCUAUAUUUAAAGAAUUGGUAUCAACCAAUGAACAAGUUGCUAGAAGUUUUGGAGAUUUAUAA